UUUAGUUGGCGGGAGUUUCGGAAGUGGAGGCCGUGACGCGGGGUGUGGUCCGCCGACCUGGAAGGAGAGGUUCAGGGGCGCAGGGCGUCCAGAGGUAAGCGGUGGCCGCGGAGAGUGGCCCGCGGCCUUUUAUUUCAGGAACGGAGGCUCCGGGCUGGACAGGCGUCGCUCUGAGGAUUCUCCAUCCAGGAUGACUUCAGAAACUAGAUCAGAGACUGUAGAAGUGCUAGAAGAGGAACCAGGGACAUCUAAGACUCAUGAUCAUCAAUUGGAGUUAGAUCUCAACCCUGUAAAAGUGUGUAAUAAAACAUCGGCUUCCCUGGAGAUGAUUCAAGGCGUUUCGAAGGAGAAAAUUCACCUUGGCUCUAGCCCUAAAAAAGAGGGAAGCUGUGAUCUCAGCCACCAGGAAGGACUUCAGUCUACGUGCCUUCAUUUGUCCCCCCAAGAACAGUCUGCCCAUCAUGGAGACAGGAGGCAAUCCUGGCGGCGAGCAAGUAUGAAAGAAAUGAACCGGCGGAAGUCACUGCCUCCAUUUCAUCAGGGCAUCACAGAACUAAGCAGAACCAUCAGCGUCAACUUAGCGGAAAACAAACGGCUUGGCACUCUCCUGCUUUCCAGUUUCCAGUUCUCUGUUCAGAAACUUGAACCUUUCCUACGGGGCACUGAGGGCUUCAAUCUUGAAAGUUUUAGAGCCCGAGCAUCUUCUCUUUCUGAAGAAUUAAAACUUUUUGCAGACAAACUGGAAAGUAAUGGAACUCUACAGAAAUGUUUUGAAGAUUCACAAGGAAAAGCAUCAGAUUUGUCUCUGGAAACAUCAGUGGCUGAGAUGAAGGAAUAUAUAACAAAAUUUUCUUUAGAACGUCAGGCUUGGGAUCAGCUCUUGCUGCGCUACCAGAAGGAGGCUGAAGAGAUCACAUCCAGAGGAUCAACUGAAACCAAAAUUACUGAAGUGGAGGUGGAACCUACAGCAUAUCUUGGGUCUUCCCAGAGUGAAGUCCUUAAUACAAAGCCUGACUACCAGAAAAUAUUACAGAACCAGAACAAAGUUUUUGAUUACAUGGAGUUGAUGAUGGAAGAACUGCAAGGAUCAGUGAGGCAGUUGCAUGCCUUUAUGGACGAAAGUACCCAGUGCCUCCACAAGGUGUCAGUACAGCUCGGAAAGAGAAGCACGCAACAAUUAGUUCCCUCACCAGCUCGAAAACUGCUCAAGCUUCAGCUACAAAAACUGCCUACCGCACAUUGCCCUAAAUCUUGUCAGUGACCUUAUGCAGCUUUGGGGCCACAAGGUGCUCUAGGGGAGAAAAACGGGAAGGGUGUUACAUGUUACAGCACGUGGCAACUCUGUGGCAAGCUGAGCUUUUGAUAUCUGCCCUGUUGUCUUUGAGGAUAACUAGCUCACUGCAGAGCACUUCUAUUUUUUCAUAAAAGUGACAACAUUGAUGCAUCCCAAAGAAUGUUGUAUAGACACUUUUUCCCAGAAUGCAACAUACUUUAAAUUUCUGUUUUGGAAUGACUUUCAGAACUAGUGGCCUAUUCUUUUAAAUAUCCUUUGUGAUCAGAAGCCUUCGUCUUGUGUAGAUGUUUUUCAAGUUUUGAAACAUCCAAAGUCAUUCAGCAUCAAACUCAAUGAAACAUUUUAGGGGUCAAGUCGAGUUGUGGUUGUAAAGGAAUGAGGUUAAUUUUCUAGUGUGACUCCGAAGGUGAUUUUAGGUAGAGAAGUUGUGGGCAUUAUUUCCGUCAUGUGGAUACGUACGAGAACUUAAUUGUCCUGACAGUCGUAUAUCACUUCACAAGAUGUCCAAAUUGAAGGAAAUACCACUAAUUCUCUGUCUUGAUGCCCAUGGUGUGCUUCAGCUUUUAAUAUUAAGUCAGCUUCCUAAAUCCUAGAUUCAUGGCAAGAAGGGGCUAAGUAUUCCUUUUCAUUGUCCUCUUAUUUGUUAAUAUUUGCGUUAUAUAAUUGUACAUAAUUAAAAGCAUUCCUUUGUUUUUGUCUAUAUUUUGAGUGUAUAAAAAAAUUAAAAGGUUGGGAGGGCUUAGCAAAAAAUAGGCAUCUUUGCCAGGAUGUGGAAGUGAACAGUAGUGUAGAGAUAUGCCUCAGCAUUAAUUACUGAUAAAACACCACCUAAUUUAUUAUUAAUGUUUUUUAUUCUUUGAUCCUCCUAGUAGGACAGAAUAUUUUCAUUUAACUAUCUAGUCAUAAUCUUUUUUAAUAAGACCUAUGAGACUGGGUCUUAUAUUAAUUUCUGCUCCAAAAGACGCAUUAGAGCUGGUUGUCCGGCUAGGUCUUAUUUUCGGGGAAACAUGGUAGUUAUAAUCUUAAGUCUUAAACUUUGGCACCAGUUAAUGAGAAGUGAUAUCUCCUUGUUUUGACCUACAUUCCUUAUUUCAUAUAUUUACAGACUUCCCUCCUAUAUACUAGGCACAGUUCUAGAACUGGGGAGAAAACAACCAAAACACAUGGAACCUCUCACAAUGCUCAUGGUCUAGUGGGGACACAGGGAACAAGAAGAGACAGAAGUGAUGUUUUAGUUGAUUUGGGAAGGAUGAGGGAGUUAAAUAGGGCAUGUAUUUGAGGCAAAAAGCAGCAUUUCCAAAGGGCUGAAGAGGGAGAGAAUGAAGCAUUCUGGAAUACUGAAAAAAAACACACAAAAACUAGUAAAGCAGGAUGCUGAGUGCCAGUGGAAAAGCCACUUGAGACAAAGGUAACUGAAAGUCAUUAGAAGAUUUAAGGGAGGGAGAGAUGGGAUCAGAAUGUUAUUUUUAAAAGAUCACUCUAGUUGCUGUGUGGAGAAUAAAAGUAAGCAAGGUAUGGAUGUGAGAGACCGGUUAGGCUAUUGCAGUGGUCUACAUGGGCAGUGAUGGCUUGUAUUAGGUGUUGGCAGUAGCUGAGAGGGGUGAGUGGCUCAUAGUGUCUGGAACAUAGUAGGCAUGUAGUUAAGAGCAGAACUCUUCCACUUGUGACAGGAAAAAGCUACUUAGCCACUUAUCUGUAUGAUUAGGAGAAUGAUAGGAACUAUAGCACAGGGAUGCUAGAAAGGUUAGAUUCAAUCAAUUUAGAAGAGCAGUAUCAAUACAAUGGAGGGAGUAAAAGCUUAAACAACUGGGUAGAUAAUAGAGCAGUUCAUGAGAAAGCUAGUAAUUAAAUUUGGGAUACCAGGUGGAGAAGUCAACUAGACUGUUGGAUAUACUGGUGGAAAACCAGGUAGAAAAAUCUGGACUAGAAAUAAAAUUUGGAAGUUACUAAUAUCUAAUUAUUGAGUCUUGAGAGUGGAUAAAUACUGUCCAGAAUACAGCAAGAAGGGAUACGGUAGCCCCAAGGAAAGUUGGGCUUUUAAGAAUCAGAGGAGUGGUUUUAAUUUCUUACACUAUCAAGCAGAGUAGUAUAAUAGAACAUAGAGUUUGAAGUGAAUCUUCAUCUCAUCCUUAAUUUUCUCAUCUGUAGAAUGGGGAUAGAUAAAGCAUCUCUCUCCAAAGAUGACUACUUUCCCCCAUUUUAUUACACUAUUGCAUUUUUUGUUUAUGAGAGUUUGUUCAAACUCAAGCAUAAGAAGUGGGUGUUUGUGUCUCCAAUGGCUAAACAGGAUAGAGCACAGAAAAAUAGUAAGUUCUAAGCAUUUCAUAUGCAUACAGAUCACAACCUUAUGAGAUAACGUGUAUAUGUGUGUGUAUAUAUAUAUAUAUAUAUAUAUAUACUUUUUUUUUUUUGUCACAGAUGAGGAACUUAAGAUUGGAGAGCCUUGAUAAUUGAACCAAGGAUGUGUAGAUAGUAGGAGAGGGUGAACUACAACUAAUUUGGCACUCAGUAAAUGUUAAUGAAUAAACAUAAAUCAUAUAUAAUAAAAGGCUGUGCUCAGUUAGUUUUUUCUCUCCCCAAAUUUGGUUCAGGAAUUAGGUUUGAUGAAUAGCAGUAUUAUAGAGUCACUGCCCUGGAGAUGUUUGGUAAUAUUUGUUAAAUUCUUCCUAAUGUGGAUAAAAAGGGUCACAUAUUAAAACUGACAAACACUGGGGAGGCCUGCAUGGCAGACCCUACAACUCAGAGACAAAUUAACCUCAUAGGAUGGUCUGAACAUACAAAUUCCUAACUAAAAGCCAGGUCAUGGCCGGUAGUCACAUCCUUGGCCUGUGGCUUCCUUGACAAAGGUCAGUCUUUACCUUAAGUGAACCUGUCUGUAGUCUUUUUGCACCUAAGAUAACAUGCCCUUGGAAUGUCAGAGUAAUCCCUUUUUCGGGAUCCCCAAGGCACAACCCACUACACCAAAGCAGGAGACUGCAGAAUCCCUCAUUGUUAUCGCCUGAUUACUGUCUCUAUGUACUGUAAAAUGCUAUUAACUAUCUUGU